AGUGGUGAUUUCCCUGUUCUUCUCUUAAAAACGUAAUCAACUAGUACUCAGUGAUGAAUUUUGUAAAAUCUUUACAUCUCUCCAAUUUCUGCUCACUUUCUAUAACUUUAGGGACAUUUGAAAAUUCUGUUUCGUACUUGAGUAUGAAAACUGAGUUCGGCAAUAUUUUAUAAUGUACGAAAUAACUCCAGGUACUUUUUACCCCUGAAAAAAAAUGAGCAGAGAAUUGGCGAUAUCUUUCGUAGCAGAAAACACGCAUAUUAAACAGAAGUGGCGAAUGUUAUGACCAGAUCCUGUAGUACGAAAACUUAGAUAAACUUGUAAAAGUAUUGGUUGCUCCAAGGAGGACUGCGUUCCCUACAUAAUUCUUUUGUCCCGUGUGUUUUCCUUUGAACUUUAUUUACUGUGCGUUGCUGGUGAGACUCCUUGUAAUAUUGUAUUCAAAUCUGUGGGGAAGCUAUGUAGUAGCGGGAUACUUUAAAUGUAGUGGGAACGGGGAGGUAGCUUGGACGCUAGAAUGUAGCGACAGAAUUGAUAUUGUUCUUCCCAUAAGGGAUAGCGACGUAUCCGUAGUGUGCAGUUCUGCGUGGUCAUGGGAGAUAAAGUGAAUUCAAGAUGCGAGUGUGAAAAGUGACACAAGCCGAUAUCGCUAAGUGACAACACUGUAAUGACGCUAUGGUUACUGAAUGCGCUCUCCUCCGAAGUCGAUAGCGUAGUACUUGCAUCGUCAUUUGGAAUAGUGAGCUUGUCAGGCCGAUAUUACCAGAACAAAUGACAGCAUGAUUCCCUGCAGCCCAUUUCACUCCCGCGAAGUGGAACAUUUCCUGACAGAUCAAUUUGAAUACAGUGACAAUCCGAAUGACAAGCAGAGGCUUCUGGCUUGGUUGAUGACGACACCUCACUUCACAACACUCAGGGUUAAUACAUUGAAGUCGUCGGUGAAAGACGUUAUAGCAGCAAUAAAUGACGCCCUGCAGAAACAAUCAAGAUCAUCAGAAACAGCUGGCAAAGAAACGGUGGAUGAAACCGAGGAGACAGAAAAUUAUAACAGCGUGGCGGGUUCCUCGACUCCUGCAUCUAUGGUUUCUUCACCAUCUACAAGUAAAUCUAAGGAGAAAUCUCGUCAUCGCACUGCAUCGAAUAUAGCAGAAGAGCAAAUGGCCACAGCAUUUGGUCAAUUAACGAAUCAGUGUGAGGAAUAUGGAAUUGAUGAGAUGCCACAAGUCUUUGUGCACCCUAAAUUACCAGAAACUGUUGUUGUUGGUCCCUGGAAUGUGAAUGAACUUGAUCUGGAUAUAAAGCAACAAGAAGUAAUUGUUGAUGUAGCUUGUGGCGUUGCAGUUCUAAGAGGAGCUGAUGUUUUUGCACCUGGUGUGAUGGGGAUGCAAACAGGUGCACAGAUUGGAGAUAUUGUAAGUGUUUUUGCAGAUGUCUCCAAAAAUUGUAAGAAAGGUUUGCAGUGUGUCUACCCUGAUGACCAGAAAUAUUUUGUUGGAAAUGGUAUUGUGAGGAUGUCAAGAAAACAACUCUAUGGCAAGGAUGCUCAGCCAACUGGAGUGGCUGUAAGGAUGCUGUCUCGUCCUUCAGGGUGUCCCUCUGUUCCAUCAUUUUUGGGUAUGGCAAUCCUGCAGAACCUCCCAUCAAUACUUACAUGUCAUGCACUGGAUCUUUCACCAGGGCAUUAUGUUCUUGAUUGCUGUGCCGCUCCUGGGAACAAAACAUUGCACAUAGCAAGUUUGAUGAAUGACAAGGGACGGAUUGUUGCUGUUGACAAGACACAGGGAAAAGUGAAUAUUAUUAAAAGAAAAUGUGAAGAGUUCUCUGUGAAAUGUGUGGAAACAUAUGUUGGGGACACUACAAAAUCAGUUCAAACCCCUGACACAAACAUGUGUAAGGCAGGUGAAGAUCAUUCCUUGCCGCACUGCCCACUAUUUCCUCCUGAAUCAUUCGAUCGUGUCCUGUUAGAUGCACCGUGCAGUGCUUUGGGGCAGAGGCCACAGUUACGCAAUGAUAUCAGCAUACAACAGUUACAGUCAUACCCUAUUCUUCAGCGUAAACUUUUCAAAGCUGCAUACACUUUGCUGAAGCCAGGUGGUUAUCUUGUGUACAGUACAUGCACAGUGAAUGUAGCAGAAAACGAGGCAAUUGUUGGCUGGGCACUUAAGGCAUACUCACAGCUUGUUCUUGAGCCAAUAAUACCAAGUAUUGGAGGACCUGGAAUUCCUCAUGCUGGAAACCUGACAGAAGAACAGACUGAAUGUGUUCAGAGAUUUGGUCCACCAGUGGAGGGUUCUGUUAAGGGCUGUGAUACGGACACUGUUGGUUUCUUUAUUGCUCGUUUUCGAAAGAAAGUGCUGCACCACCGUUGAUGGUGUCUGUUGUGAUCUGUAUUCUCUCUGUAAGAAAUUGUAUUGAAGCUUUUACAUUAAAAUUGUUAUGAAAUUCUAA